CCCCAGCAUCCGUCAAGCUGUGUGACAUCCAAGGACUUCCUUUGUUCUUACAUCAUUGAUUUAAUUCAUUUUGAGUCCAAGAAAACUUAAACAGAACAAGAAGGAGAGAGAAGGAAGAAGAGGGGGCUGUGAAGAAGGACAGCGCCAUGGCCUCCUGGUUCAACUGGAACGAGACGCAUCACCGGAGUCCCCGCAGAGACCCCGCUGAUGUGGUCACUGACACCCUGAUGCUGGAGUUCAGCUGGCAGCUAAAGGAGGCAGAGCGACAGCAGAGGGAGAGGGAGAGCGAGUACCGCCGUCUCAAGACUGGGGUGGACUACAGCUGGCUGGCCAGCACACCACGCUCAUCCUUCAGCGUCAGCACCGGGGAGAAGCUUGGCCUGGAGGACCUCUGCUCCAAGGUGCCGCCGCCAUGUUGUGGGCUCGUCAUACUCAAGUUCAGGGAGGUUAUGCAGACCAAUGAGCCCGAGGUACAGGAGGUUCCUGGCCUGUUUCGCUCUGUCCUCCUGGAGGCCCUGGAGAACCUGAAGGAGGAGCAGGAGGCGCAGCGUCUCGCCCGUCAGUGGAACAACAAACGCGCCAUGAGCAUGUCCCUUAUAAACUUCAGAUCCCGCAUAAAGAUCAACCCGUUUGGUAGCACAGUGGGCCUGACCAGUGCUAUGUCUGACGGAGCGGGGCUGAGUGACCUUAAAACCGUGUCUGAAGACGUGGAGAGAGGGAUGGAGCAGGAGGAGAGGGCACAGAGGGUGUGGAGCAUGCCGGACUUCAGAUACAAAGGAACCAGCAGCAGUAGGGUUGUUUGAGUGAUGUGGGAUGUUUGUGGACAGUGAUUGUGUUGGACGUUUAAGUGGGGUAGAUGCUGAUGUUCAGGACUGGCUGUUGCUGGGGGAUUUCUUUGCAACAGGCAUGGCAGGAGGAGAUUAAGACUCCUUCCUUUUCAGUAUGAGACCAAUCAGCAUUGAUCCAUUCACUGUUUUUUACCUCGCACAAAGAAGGGAACAUCAGGUGUUUUUUCCGCAGAGCUACUGUAACUUGACUACACUUUUUUAAACUGUUAUUUCUUGAUAUGAGAUUAUAACCUCUCGCUUCUUAAGGUGCCUGUAAAGUAUUCAUCCCCUUGGAUGUUUCACCCUUUUAUUGAUUUUAUAAAUCAAUCAUGGUAAAUAUAAUUUGACUUUUUGACUAAAAGAAAGAAUGACAAAAACCCCUCCUUUUUCUCAACGUGAAACCAGAUUUCUACAAAUUGAUAUCAAUAAAACAAAAAUACAUAAUUGUAAAUAAGUGAUUGCAUGAAUA